GAGAUUCCAGUUAGGAUAAACUAGGACAGGACAAUUUAAGCAAGAUGGCGUUUCCCCUGUCGCCAGCUAAAGUGACGUUCCGAAAAUGCAAUGAGUAUUGAAUAUCUCCUAGGGAAUAUAGCGAGGAUUCUGGAUAACUCUGUGCAGCCUAAUCCAUCAUGUUGCAUUGAUCUACUCUAAAGAGGAAGAACAUAACUUGACUUGGAGAGUAAGAUUGCCACUGGACGAAUGUCAAGGUAUUUGUACAGUCAGAGACAAAACCGAAAACGAUGUAGCCUAAAUAACGGAAUCGCGUCGACAAAAAAAGCAGCGCGAUAAAGCAGCGGGGUUCUGUAUUCUGGCUCAUCAUCAUCAAACUGGUUGGAUGACGGAGAAGAAAAGCGUGGGACGGGAGAUGCCUAUCUAUCGUUUUUAAUCAUCCGUCAGUCAAGUGAAUGCCUGCGGUAUCAAAUUCAAAAACAAAUACCGACGGGAAUGUUUGUCAACAUAUGUCUAUUGAUCCGAUGUGAAGGAUGCGCGCGCUGCGUCUCAAGGGUGUCAAAGAUCAAUAACCUAAAAUGCAGCGUUUAAUUUGACUGGCAUACAAUCCUUCGGCUAAAUGUGCUUUAGUCAACAUCUGAUCUAUUUCCAUGUUGUAUUUUGAUAAACCCUGUCUGCUGUCGUCUCAAGACUGAAGAGGGGGGAGGAUGUCCGUGGCUCUCUCCGUGACGGUUAUGUCUUCAGCGUUCUUCAAUCCCACUUUUGCCUUCAGUUCCCAUUUUGACUCAGAUGGCGCUCCACUGAGUGAGCUGUCGUGGCCGUCGUCUCUGGCAGUGGUGGCUGUUUCCUUCUCUGGGCUCUUCACCUUCGUCUUCCUCAUGCUGGCCUGCCUCUGCUGUAAGAAGGGACACAUCGGGUUCAAAGAGUUUGAGAACACAGAGGGAGAGGAGUACCAGGCUGACCUGGCCUCGUCUCAGAAUGGACCUGAAGUCUACAUCCUCCCCCUCACUGAGGUCUCCCUUCCCGUCUCCAAACUGCCCGGACGAUCCAUCCAGCUGUUGAAACCGUCAGAGCUGGGUCGCCACAGUCUACUCUAUGUGAAGGAGAUAGGACAUGGUUGGUUUGGCAAGAGUGACCUGGCCUUAAGGAACUGCCUUCUGACCUCAGAGAGGACAGUAAAGAUAGGAGACUAUGGCCUCUCACACAGCAGAUACAAGGAUGACUACUUUGUGACUCCAGACCAGAUCUGGGUGCCGCUGCGUUGGAUCGCCCCAGAGCUCAUAGACGAGGUGCAUGGUAACCUACUAGUGGUGGACCAGACUAAGGACAGCAACGUCUGGUCUCUGGGAGUGACUAUCUGGGAGUUGUUUGAGUUGGGGAACCAGCCGUACAGACACUACACUGACAGACAGGUCCUGACUUACGCUGUGAAGGAACAGCAGCUCAAACUAACCAGGCCCCGGCUCAAAGUACCCCUGGCUGAGCGCUGGUAUGAAGUGAUGCAGUUCUGCUGGCUGCAGCCAGAGCAGAGACCCAACAGUGAGGAGGUACACCUCCUCCUCACCUACCUGUGUGCCAAGGGGGCCAGUGGAGUCCAGGAGGACUUUGAACAGCGCUGGAACUCCCUGAGACCCAACCUGACUGGCAGCACCACCCACAGCCACACCGCCCCAGCGCCUCCACCACUAGCCCAGACUACUGUCCCUGCCCCAGCCCGACCAUCUAUCUCUGGGGAUGUGGAGUUGGAGCCGGCCUCCACCUCCCGCAACUCCUUCCCCCUCCUAGAACACUUCUCCCACGACAGCUUCCACUCAGACAGCGGUGACGACAUCCUGACCGUGACAGAGACCAGCUAUGGUGGGCUCAACUUCGAGUACAAGUGGGAGCAGGCGAGAGCCGAGCAGCCAUACUGUUCCUCAUCCACCAGCGGGCCUCUGGGCCAGGGCAACCCUCACUACCAGGACGUAUACUACCCCGUCGGGAACACCGCCACCUCGGGCAGCUGUAAAGGGGACGGAGUGGAUGGAGGGCUUGUUCUGGGGGUCUCCCCAUCCUACUACGAGUCCGACCACUCCGGAUCGGGGUCAGGGUCGGGGGUAGGGGUGGUGCCGGUGUUGAGCGCUCACAGCCCUUCGGUCGGCAGUGAGUACUACAUCCGUAUUGAGGAGCCGGUGGAGUGUAAUAUCAACCUGGAUGAUAGUGUGGUUGACUACAGCCCUGGGUUGGAGGCUGAGGAUGGCAGCCUCUCCUCAGGGAGCAGAACCCCACAGCCCCAGUCCCAGUCCCAGCCCAGUGCCUACUGGUCAGCAGCAGCAGGCGACAGCAGUGGGGGUAAACACAGUACCCAUGACUCUGACAAUAGCCCGGCCUUGUCCCUGACCAUGGAGCCUCUCCUGAGACAGACAGCCAGCACAGCCAGUCCCGUGGAGCUGGGGCGAUCCCACCAGUACUUCUCACCCAAUCAGAGACAGGCUUUCUACUGUGAACAGUCGCCCAUUCGAGAGACGUGUUGCCAAUCACCAGAGGACACGCCCAUAAUGUCCCAGCUGAACCUGCAUCAUCCAAUGGGGAGGCUGGAAACCCCUCUGGGGGUGGGGUCCUCCCACUCCCGGUGCCUGAGUAGCCCUAGUCUGGGACACUGUGACCCCUACCUCGAGGCUAGCCAAGGCUUCACCACCACAGCCAGGAGGACGGUUAGUGAAGGCUACUAUGACAUGAUGGGUCCCCUCAGAAAGACUCUAUCAAUGGCUAACCAUAUUAGCAUCGACGUGGAGACAGGGGACGGGGGACUUUUGGUGGGGGGCAGGAGGAGAGGAGAAAGUGACACUGGGGACAUCGACGAUGGUGAUCUCUUCUCUGAGAGAGAAGCCACCAACUGGACCUCCAACCACUCGGCCAAUAACAACAGCAUGACUUUUGACCUUAGGCAGACGGGCCAAUCACAGGACAGCUAUCUGGACCUCCAUUACACCAACACCACGACACACUCCUCUACUGUAACAGGCUCGUGUAACAGUAGCAACAUGUGCCAGCAGCACAGCUCCAGAGCCUUCAGCUAUAUGGAGGCCACAGGAAGAGAGAGCGCUGUCUGUUCUUCCUCUAGCAGAUCCAGUGAGGGCAGUAGUGCUACUACAUAUAGUCACCUGUGUCACGGAGCUAGAGAUAAACCUGUGUGUCUCUCAGACCACUCUACCCUAGAUCAUCUCAGAGGUGUUGCUGUUGACUCUCUCUCCAGCUCUUCUGUUGCUGUCAAGCGUGUUAACCUCAAAGGUGGUGUAAAGGACGGCGUCCCCACCACCAAAACUACAACUACGGUGUCUGUAGAGGGACACAGUAAAAACCCAUCUCUGAUUACAGGAGCGAGGCAAUUCUCCCAUCCCAAGAUGAUCCCAGAACCACGCUGUAUCCAAUCUCCGUCCACAUACAUGGAGCUUGACACUCGCACAGGCCUCAGCACUAAGGCAGUCCUGACAGAGAAGCAGGGGGGUAAUGUCUGGGAGAUACCUUCACAUGGUAAAGACAGAGGUCCAGUGGAGGUGAUGUCUGGUGGUGUGGGGGAGAGGAGGCUGGGGAUGGGGUUGGCCCACCCUGUAGGGGUACUGCUGGAGCCGGUCGGGUCCUUGUUUGAGGCUAGCAGAGUGCUGGACAGUGGGCUGGAGAUGGCCGGUCAUUCCAGCAUCAGCCUAGUGGACAUCAGCAACUGUAGCUACGACGAUGAGGACGAUGACAUAACAGAUAUCACUUCUGGAAUUUUGGCCGACUACUCCCUGGACUAUGCUGACGAGGUCGGAGACGAUCUAAGCCCCGCCCACCACCCCCACGGACGCUCCCUGCAGAACCCGGUGGGAACCCCCGACUCCGUGGACACCCUGGACAUGCUGUCGCUGUCAUUGUCGGUUACCAACGCCAGCCCCUGUGAGGCCUUCAGCCUUGAUGACGUCUUUCUCCAUCCCUCCUCCUCCCUCUCCUCCUCUUUCACCUCCUCUUCUUUCACCUCCUCAUCUCUCCUCCCCAAGUCCCUGGACAGUGGCUACGACACAGAGAACAAUGAAAGCCCAGAGUUCAUCCUAAAGGAGGGAGGUGGGAAUGGGGACUUCCUAUUGGACUGCGAAGGAAACCAGCAACAACACCCAGUCCUCGGUGGGAGCCACCUGGCCCGUGGUGGGGUUAGCCUGGGGCCGAGGUCGGACCAGAUGGUCCUUCAGCAGGUGGACCUGGGUGAUGGGGUUGGGGUCACUCUGUGUACCUCUUCCUCCUCUGGCUGCACUGAGCUGCAGCUAAAGGGACUAAGUGAUAAGAAUCUGUUCGUGGACUCUGCCUACUUCUCUGACUACGACGCAGAGAACGAGAGGAGUCCCCAGGAUGAAGGGAGUAACUUCUUCUCCAGUCCAGGAGAUAAGAAGGACUUUGUGGGGCACACAGCCUCGAAACAGAGGAUACGGUUGGCGAGGAGAGAUGAACUCCAACCACAGACAGAGAGAGAGGACGGUUACCGUGACCUGACAGACCUGACAGGAAACACAAACACAAACACAAAUGGAGUAGUGGUGUUUGACACUACCACAGGUUCCUCUCCCUCCUCGGCCCCCGGCCCACGUCUCUCCAUGCUGGCCCCCUUCCCCCCUCAGAUGGGGGGCUGUCUGGCCAAAGAGUCCGCCCCUGACGAUGCUGUAGGCCUGGAGUCUGAGCACAGCGGCGAGGAGCCGGCAUCUGGGUGCAGCUCCACCAUGGUGUCUGAGGGUUCCUCCACAGUGCAGGAGGCUUCAGCCAGACACCCUGACCAGGAGAACCAUCACAGGGCCUCAGAGGAUGACUACUCCCCCAUCCAGUCCCUGGGCUCCGACUCUACCAUAGACUACAGAGAGGAGGUGCUGAAAGAGGAGGAGGACGGUGAGGGAGAGCAGGGAUCGACUGAGGAGGACAUGCCAGAGUUUAAUCAGGUCGACGAGGAUGGAGAGAAUGGAGAGAGAGGAGGAGAAGAGGAGGAGUAUGAGGAGUUAGAGGAGGAGAACGAAGAGGAGGAGGAGAAGGCUGGCUACAGCAGACACCAGAACGGUCCUGUUGGCCUCCUCACCUCAUCUCCAUCGCUCCUCUCCUGCUCCCCCUCACUCCAGGAGCUGUGUCGGGAGGUGGAGAGGCGAGCUCCUCUAACCGAGGGGGAGGAGUCAGACGACAGUGAGUCAGAGGAGGAGCUGCGGAGCUACAACCUGCAGGAGGAGCUGAGCGAGGAGGACAGUGAGGGGGAGGUGAUGGGGGUGCCGGUGGUGGUGAGCGAUAGUAGUGGGGCCAGAAACCUCCGCAGCCUCCUCAAGAUGCCUAAGCUCCUCACACAGUCCUUCUGUGACGAGCUGGACAGGAAGAAGAAAGCCGUGUCCUUCUUUGAUGACGUCACCGUCUUCCUGUUCGACCAGGAGAGCCCCACAGGAGAGCUGGCUGACUUCACGUUUCCCCCAGGAGCAGAGUCCAGCGGCCAGGCCUCAGGCGGGGAGAACCCCCAGCCGGACCUCCAUCCCCACCCCACCAUGGUUCACCACCACCAGCCCACCAUGGGCCACCACCUCCACCCCCCGGGCAGAGCACCACACGCCUCAGAGGACUCUGAUGGCAACAUGUCAGAAGAAGGUGGUGGGUUUGAGUGGGAGGAUGACAUCCCAUUGAUGACAAGCCCGUUGUCCAGCCCGUCUACAGCUGAGCCACCGGUCUCUGAUCUCAUCCCGGUCCCUGCAGCCAAGCCUCCCGAGGACAAGCCUCCCGAGGACAAGCCUCCCGAGGACAAGCCUCCCGAGGACAAGCCUCCCGAGGACAAGCCUCCCGAGGACAAGCCUCCCGAGGACAAGCCUCCCGAGGACAAGCCUCCCGAGGACAAGCCUCCCGAGGACAAGCCUCCCGAGGACAAGCCGGUAGCAGUAACAGCAGCAUCACAGUUCUCCCGCUAGCGUGUCCCGCUCCCGCUUCUCCAUCACACACGUCCCCAAUCCAGACCUGAACUCUGGAGGGAGCAGUGAAGAUGGAGAGAGGCAGUGAAAGAAGGAUUGAAGGGGUCUUCUCCGUGACAGGAAGGAGUAUACCUCCUCUCCUAGUAUGACUACCAGGUGUUCAGACCUGGGAUCUCAAGAACCUGAUGACCCUGUAUGAGCCAAUGCCUUGUAUCGUAGUGACACAACAUCUACAUUCCAAAUGACAGCCUAUUCCCUAUGUGCCCUGGUCAACAAUAGUGGAAAACAUAGGGAACAGGGUGCCAUUUCGGAUGCAGACAAACACCUUAAAUGGUUCCUUCUCUUACUUUGUAUUAUUACUCCAGAGAGAGACAGAGAGAUAGCUGUAGGAACGAUGACAGAGUCCUGAGAGGACCACAACCAAGCAGUAUGUGACUGAUAAUAUAGAUGUAUUAGAGAUAUAUAACAUCUACACUUAUGGCAAUUAUUAAUAACUUAUUUGCUCAAAUCACCAUUGACGUUCAGUAGCGUCAAAUCAUUUGGGGAAAAGGAAAAAGAGACAAAAAAAUGAAAAAAUGACAGACUUGGUCUCAUUGCUGCUCUCUCAUUGGCUGCUUUGGUCCUCCAUCUUCUUGCUCAUUGGCUGCUUUGGUCCUCCAUCUGCUUGCUCAUUGGCUGGUUGGAUCUUCUAGAACAGUGUUACAGUGCUUCCCUGGAGCCAUUGAAUAACGGCUGAUGACUGCCCCACAGGAAGCUGCUCUCUGUGGGGGUUCAAAGAUGAAGACAACCACCCCUUUACAAAUGACAGAGGAAUAGGGGUGGGUGUACUGCGAAACCUACUGUGCCCCCUUGACAAAGCCACAGGAAGGUGGACGGUCUUGCUGAUGUUUUAGUUCAGGGAUUUAAAAAAUGUAUUAUUAUGAUGUUACACCAUAGCAUUGAAUAUGUGUUUCUGAUUGGCUUGAAGGGCAUUCUAGAGCGUGCAUUAUUUCCGUAUAACUCACGGUAUAUUUGCACGAUAGAAAGGUUCGUUAUUACAUAUUAUAUAUUUUGAGUUGCUUUUGAAAGCAAAAGUUAAAUUGAAAACAUUAUUGGCAUGUUUGAAUUCGAUUUUCAUAAUGGCGAGCUAGGACUGAUGGUUUGGUUCGCUAAACUAGCAAGUCAGUUUGUUCGGUUACCAAGGCAACCACUGUCGCUGUCUAGUAAACCUGCAAGCUACUUCAGUGGAUGUUAAACACAUUUCUACUGGCCAAUUAACACAUUUCUAGCAGCAAAUGUGUUCAAUUAUAGCUCUGGUAUAAAGGGGAUAAUCAACUUGGGGCUCUAUGCUGACUGGAAAAGUGGGAAGUCAGCUGGAACACACCUUCCUCAUCGUUCAUUAUUUUCCAUAGAACGCAUAGGCUCUAGUUGAUUAUCCCUUACAUAACAGAUCAUUAGAGCCAGAGCCCUGUUGAAAUCUAUGUAUGUUAUAAUAUAUAUGGCUCUGCUUACAACUUGGUAACACUG